AUGUUCUCGUGGAUGAAAAGGAAUGACGCACAGAAAAACCCUCAAGUGUUCAACUCGGUCGUGGACGGCCUGCGAAAAAUGUACUACAAAGUGCUGAAACCGCUUGAAGAAGCCUAUCUCUUCAAUGAAUUUCACUCGCCGGUUAUGUCUGACCCCGAUUUUGUGGCAAAACCCAUGGUUUUGUUAGUUGGCCAGUAUUCAACGGGUAAGACAACGUUCAUUCGCUAUCUGUUAGAGCGAGAGUUUCCGGGCCUAAGAAUCGGUCCCGAACCAACAACGGACAGUUUCAUUGCUGUUAUGCAUGGUGAGAAUGAUCAAGUAAUUCCGGGAAAUGCGUUGAUUGUGGAUCCUCAGAAGCCAUUCCGUACUCUCAGCUCGUUUGGGAAUGCUUUUCUGAACAGGUUUUGCUGCUCUGAGCUCUCCAGCCCCGUUCUUGAAAGCAUUUCUAUAAUCGACACGCCUGGUAUCUUGUCCGGAGAAAAGCAAAGUGUCGCACGAGGAUAUGACUUCACGGGCAUAUUAAAGUGGUUCGCUGAGCGCUGCGAUCGAAUAAUUCUGCUCUUCGACGCUCACAAACUUGACAUUUCCGACGAAUUUCAGCGAGGAAUCGAAGUGCUUCGCGACUACGAUGACAAAAUUCGAAUCGUGCUUAACAAAGCUGACAUGGUCACAACACAACAGCUGAUGAGAGUAUAUGGUGCGUUGAUGUGGUCUUUGGGCAAAGUUAUAAACACCCCAGAAGUUGCCCGUGUGUUUUUGGGAUCUUUCUGGGACCAGCCGCUGCAGAAUGAUGAAAAUCGUAAGCUGUUUGAGUACGAGGCCAAUGAUCUUUUCAGUGAUAUCCAAACACUUCCCAGGAACGCUGCCCUCAGAAAGCUGAAUGAUUUUAUCAAGAGAGCUCGCUUAGCUAAGGUAAGUAUUCUGUUAUAGUCCAUUUAUUGAAAUUAACUUAACAUGUAUUCUUAGUGAUUUCUUGUAGGUCAACAGGUCCUUUUGGGAAUUUUCUGAAUAACUGACCUACAAGGAAACAUUCUUUUUCAAAAGUUUAGUCAUGUCAUCGUGGAUGAGUGUCGGUAUAAGGAAGGCCCCAAGUGCCACGUGAUCUGAAACGAAAUUCUCCCUUAUAUUAUACCUGCCAACUUUUAAUUUAUAGGCCUGACAUUUUUAUCCUGAGAGUGCCAGGAUUUUUCGUAGGGGUCCGUUAAUAUCUGAAGAUGUUCCAGAGACCUUCUGAAGAGUUCCAUCUAACAUGAACAUGGGAACAUGAAGGAAUACGACCUCAUCUGAAGUGACUUUUCCCCGCUAAAGUAAGAGAAUUCAGAGAAAGCAUGGGCUCCUAGAGAAAGCCAAUCAUUCACAUGGACUUUUCUUUUCUCUAAUUGGUUCCAGUUUCUUUUAAUGAUUAAGGCAUGAGAAGUUGGAACACAGGCGUGAGUAGGCGUGAGAUUGAAAUUUUUGAUCCGCAGGUGUGACAAUGGCGCCGUAGGCAUGACACUUGGCAGGUAUAUUAUAUUCACCAGUAAAUACUGGGGGAGAAGGAAAUGCCGUGAUAAAAGUGAAAGGAAUGGUCAUUGUUUCACUUUGGGUCUGAAUUAAGGAAAUUAUGGGUUCAUUUAGGGCUUACCGGUUGAAAAGCUGAUAUUUUUACACUUGCAGUAGAGCGCUUGACUUCUAGGGCCUGACAAAUACUAAGGGUCUUAAAAUAACUGAAAAAUAAAGGUACUGCCUUUGCCCUGCAAAUGGUUAGACCUUUGUGUGACUCAGAGGACCAUUUAGCAGUAGGAGACAUUGAAAUAGUGUCCCCAAUUAGUACUUUAGAGAAAUGUAGGAAAUCCCACCUCUCAUACCCUUUUCAAUAAAUUGGAACAUAACCACAUCAGUUAUAAGCUCCAGUUUUAUACCAGUCAUUUUUUAAGUGGCAUCCCAACUCAAGCCAAGAGAUAUAAUAAUAACAAUGAUGAUGAUGAUGUUGAUGAUGAUCAUCAUUUUAUUCACACUGGUGUACAAUACGAUAUAACCUAGUUGUAAAUACUGAUGCCAGCCAGUCAGUAUUGAGUUGUAGUGUACCACACAACCACAUUUGUCAAGAGUUUUGCUGCUUGAUGAGAGAAAAAUACUUGUAUUUGUAAAGAGUGUGGAAUUGUUACCCAUUUUUUAUGGCUCAUUGUUUUUUGGUUCCUAAAAGACUUUGGAGGCUAAAAGACUUUUGGGUUCCAUCUUUUUAGGUCCAUGCUUACGUUAUUGCAGAGCUUAAAAGCCAAAUGCCUUCUGUUUUUGGCAAAGAUAAGAAGAAGGAGCAACUACUGAACAAGCUCUCUGAUGUUUACAUGAAGAUCCAGAAAGAGCACAACAUCUCCCCAGGGGAUUUCCCUCACGUGUUGAAAUUCAAAGAGCAGUUGCGAACGUAUGACUUCUCAAAGUUUCAGCCAUUGAGACCUAAGCUGAUUGAGUCCCUUGACCGAAUGUUGGCCAAUGACAUUCCGCGACUUAUGGCUAUGAUACCAUUAGAGAAGGACAGCAGCUAUGGCAGAGAGGCAUCUGUCAAGGGUGGCGCAUUCUCCGUUAGCCAUUCCACCAAUAAUCCAUUUGCUUCUGGGGCUUGCCAGGGAGCUGCUUUCGGCGCUGAGUCAGAUAAAUGGGUGGUGGAAGAUUUCAAAGAUGAGUAUGACAGAUUGUUUAAAAGCCUGGGUCCAAAGGGUGGAAAGAUCUCUGGUGCUAUUGCAAAGAGAGAGAUGGUCAAAUCAAAACUCCAAAACACGGUACUGGGAAAAAUAUGGACCCUCGCAGACAUUGAUCGUGAUGGGCAGUUGGACGAAGAUGAAUUUGCGCUGGCGAUGUACUUGAUUAAAAUCAAGCUUGAUGACGAUGACCUACCUGAUCAAUUGCCAACUCAUCUGAUUCCGCCAUCAAAGCGUUUGUCAAAUGGUAUCGACAAUGAUUAAGAAGGAAGGACUACAUAACAUCACCAGAGGCAUUUUGUUCUUAAACAAUGUGGUAACAGAUUUAAGGUCAAACAUUUGGCUUUCAAAGUAUUCUUUUACAUCAUUGUAACAAGGAAUUUAACGUAUAAGAAACACCUGUCUUGACAUAAUCAUCUCUCUCCUGAAACCAAGCAAGAUACGACUAUACUAUCGAACUCAACUGUAUUACCAUAAUAUUGGUAAGCAUUGUCUCAUUGUCUUAUAUAAAUAAACGAAGCUGUGCUUUAGCAGUGCCUGGUCAGCCCUGGCGCAUAACUCUUUGCUGCUGGCGAAGUAGUUUUUUUCAUAGGAAUCAUGCUAGACUUCUUGGAUUUCACAAGUUCAGAAGACAGGGCUCCUUUCAAGUUUUUAUUAGAGCACAGCCUUGUUAAAGUUAUCUUUAUUUGUAUUAAAAGACAGCAAAGACAAUAGAAGUCAUCACCCUCUUUGACUGUAACAUUAUUUGUAUUGUGUUUAGCCCCUGGGCCUCAGUGUUAAGUUGAAUUCGCUGACACAUCAAAAAUGGUCAAGCCCACAUUUCAGGGUACUGUCCUUUUCAUCUAUGUGAGGGAAGGAGACAACAAAAUUUCCUAAUGUUCUGAUUGGCAGUAAGGAUUGCACAUUUUAGUGUCAUCAACUUGAAGUUUGAAUGGGAUGAACAACAACGUGUUUUUCCUCUACACGUAGAUGCAAUUGACAGUAACUGCAUGCAUGUUACGUUACUCAAUACUUACAGUGCAAACAAGUGUUACUCUUUCUCUCAGAAAGAAUAACAGAUCUUUUUAAAAAGUUCUUUUUCAACACUUGAAUAGAAAAAAAUGUUUCAUCAAUUCCUUGGAACUUCAUGAUGAUAGAGGGAUUAAGCAUUGCGUUUAUGGCAAUCGGCAAAUGUGAAUUUUUAGCACCUGACCAAGUUUUCCAUUUACUUGAAAAUUUCUCACCUUGAAUCUCAUGUUUGCCGUUUGCUGUAAACAUUAUGCUUAAUCUCUCUAUUUUAAACAGUUAUGGACCCAAGAAAAAGUCCAGGCCCUGGUUGUUCAAACGUUGGAUAGUGCUAUCCAUCGGAUAAAUCUCUAUCCAGCGGAUAGCGUAACUGAUUUCUGUAAUACUUAUCCGCUGGAUAGUGAUUUAUCCGGUGGGUAGCGCUAUUCAACGUUUGAACAACCGGGGCCAGGUAGCUGAGCAGUCCGUGUUAAUCAGAGGUGUAACCCUUUGAGUCCCAAGAAGUGGCUAAUAUCAUGUUUCUCCAAACAAAAUUCAUACUUUACCUGCCCAUACUUCUCAUGUAGGCAAAAUGUUGGUUCAGGGGAGGGGUAGGUGGGCAGUUUCCCAGAAACGUAUAAUCAUCCAAAAGGUCUUGAGUAUUAAUGAAGUGAUCACCAAAGAGAAAAUUCUUUAAUCUGUUAAUCAAAGUUUCUUCAAGGAAGUGUAUGGAGACCAGUCUGGAGAAUUUUUAUUUGGAUAUAGGGGCUUAAAUAAGGAGUGAACUUUAUAAAUAAUACAUCUGAUGUUUUGAAAUUUAGCUUUGUUACAUUUAGAAAGUAAAGGAUUACCUAGAUGUUAAACUGUUCCAUUAUAUUUUAUGGAGUUGCCAGAAAUAUGGUAUCAUCAAAGAAUUUCAGUCAAAUCUCAAAUUAUUUUAAAGAAAACAAAUUAAGUAUUGUUUUACUGGUAGCAAGAGCAAAAAAAAAAAAGAUUUUUUCAUAGUAGCUUUCCAGGCUGAAAUUAGUGGCAAGUGGGUGCAAAUUGCUACAUGUGCAUCUUGCGAGGGCUGUUUAUUAAGUAAGAACUGUUAGGCUUUGACAUGUUUGUAUAUGAGGGUGGGCUGGCCCUCUUGCCAAAUAUUGUUUGCUUGAAACAAGGUCUUGGUUGCUAAAACCCAGAUCUUGGCAAGCAGGCCAGUCUGCCUUUUCACAUAAUACUACGAACAUUUUAUGAGGAAGUAAUGCAUGAGCCAAGCUAGUUUAGUAGAGUGGGAAACCUCACCUUAUUAAGCCUGUUGGCCUCGUAUAAACAGGCCUUCAAAGUAUAUAUAAAAAAAGUGUUUCUUAAAGGAAUUGAGUGCCCAAAUAUUAAAUAUUUUUUCAAGUUCUUGUAUUAGCAUUCUAAACAGCUGUUUUAGAUGAAGUGAUGAUGACACUAUUAAUUUUGUAAAUGUAUUAAUGAUUCAAGGAUUUUGGUGUUUUCGGCUGCUACCAGCAGUACUUGUAGCUUCAUAUUUUUAUCAGUUUAUUGCUAUCAGCGAAUAAUUUAAAUUGUCAACUUAAAACUGAUAAUACAUUAUGCAAGUUACUUGUUGGCAUACCUAAGAUGCUCUGUAGUUUAAAAUAAAAUUUACAGAGUUAAAGGAAUAUUGUACUUGUAUUUAUUGAAUGUGUUUAGUGAGAGAAGCAAGGGCGAUGUUUUUUUAGCCUGUUGCAAACUCCUAGAUAACUAGUGCAGUCAUGCAAUAAAAACUUUUCACAACUCCGUAAGAAGCCUCUGCUAGCAGGGAAGCUUGUUUUAUUUUCUGCGAGCCUAGCACAGGGUAAUGCUAUUUUAAAAUCUUGAACCCUUUUGUUUAUUUUUGACUUCUGCAGAAAAGGCAAGUCUUAAAAUGGUCCUCACAUAAGCAAGGAAACUUCUU